AUCCUGGCCCCGCACACAACAGACGAAAGCCACAUUUGUUCAACACGGAGUGAGGGAGGGUGAGGCAUGGUUCUCGCAGCAAUACCUCGGCGAAUGUAAAAUCCUACGCCGCCUCCGCGCGAGCGCAGCUCAAGUGGCCGCGUCACGUGCCUCAGUCGGUAGCCUGGCACCGCCGGAGCACGACCCGUUUCACCCUCCCGCAACCAAGUCUCGUUUAUUGCGACGAUAUCUGCAUCAAAGUUACACAUGGAGGCUGUGAAUUCAUCAUGUCCAGUUCCCAAAGAACCAGCAUUCCAUAGUCCAACUGAAAGCAUCCUGGAAGGCGUCAUUUUAAAGUGCUAUAAGGAAAAUAAUUGUAACACUGAAAAGGGCAGCAUCCAUUGUACCUCAUCAUUUGCCAACGCACCCAUGUACCACACAAAGUACCUACAAUUGUAAAAAAACAUGAAAACAUACAAUAUAACAGAACAUGGACAAUACGUAACGGCAACACAAAAGAUUUUAUUGCGCAUUCUGAACACCAACAACCUGUUCGCGAAAAAUAUUUUGUAUAUCAGUCUCCCGGCGUACGCGGUGCGAGUGUUCGCCCUCAGCACGUCGAACAAAGAUACGCCCGUCCCGGGUCCAUACGAACCUCCACGAGGCAAGCCGGCAUCGGUCUCGGACUUUUUGGAAGAGCUCCUGGUUUCGGCGCGUGAGCCGCUCAUUGACGUAGAACGGGCGUGCUUCGCCUGCAAGCCCACAGUCGGCCGUGGUGGCCCCCCGGCGCACGCGCGCCGCCCGCAACAACUCGCUACGGGUCACCCGCCGAGCCAGACGCACUACUAUGGGUCUUGGCCGACCGCCCUCGCGCCGCACACCCAGACGCUCAGCGCAGACGAUGUCCCGCUCGUCCAGCUUCACACCGAGCUUGGUACCGAUAGUCGCUACGAUGUGCAACACACUUUCACCGGCUCCCUCAACGACGUUCGUAAUCAGCACAUCGUUGUCGAGACGCUCUUGGUCUCUGUUGUGCAACUCGAGCUGAAGAUUGGCCACCGCUUCCUCCAACACCUUCACGGCGCUGUCGUUGACAUUGGUAGCUAUUCUUUCCUCGACGUUGUCCAGCCGGCGGUCGAUGUCGUCCAUCCUUGCGGUUAUCGGCGGCAAUGAGGCCCGAAGUUCGAGAAACUCGCCCCGGAACUCACGGAUCUCUCUCCGGAUCUCCUGCAACUCCUCUCGAAACAACCGGAUUGCGACCUCGACAGACAACUGCUCCGAAUCGCGUGCGGCGCCAUCGCGGCUGAUGAUUUCGACGAUGGAAUCGUCGGCGGCGGGCGAGUGUUGUUUGGCCGGCAGCUGAGAGCCCAUGCCGCGCACGGGGGUCUCGUCCCUGUUAUCAGUGGGCAAGGAGCAUCGGCAGUCCGGACAGCGCCAGGCAGGAGAGGCAUUGGUUCCCGUUGGAACUCUCGCACAGAUGUUGUGGUACCUGGCGUGGCACUGCACGCAGCCCACGACGUUAGUCUUCGAUAGAAAUUUGCCACAAUCCUUGCACUUAUUCAUUUUUUGUGAAUUAUUAAUAUGGGUGACCGUUACGAGUGACUAUAAUUUAAAAUUCAGUGUGUGUUAUAUUUUUAUCGUGACUGGAUUACCACUUGCCUGUGAUUUUUCUAAAAUAUACGUAAGUACACUCGAACUUAUUGCUUUUAUUUAAAAUACGCACUUAA